AUGAAUCCUAGGGUUGAGCACUGUAAUGCAACAAAGCUGAGAUAUGAGAAAGCUGAGGGAAAAGAACCAGAGCAACUGUCUGCUGAGACUGCUCCAGGCGCAGAAGAGAGAACAGAACAUCCUACUAGCUCUGAAGUGACUGCUCCCGACGAACUUGCUGAGACUCCACCAGUUCGAGUCUAUGUUCAUAAGGUUUCCUAUCCGAUUCCACCUAGACAUUUGAUAAAUCCCAUUAGUGCAGAGCAGCUGGAUGGGUUUAGGAAGAUGGUAUUACCUAAGGUUGAUGACCCUGGAAAGUUUUCUUUUCCAUGUUCCAUUGCUGGAGUAGAAUUUAAGGAAGCUCUUUGUAACUCUUGGUCUAGUGUGAACCUUGUCUCAAAAGCGAUUGUAGACGAGCUGGGCGUUGUUGAUGUUGAGCGUUCUCUGGUGAAUCUGGCUUUUGCAAACUCUUUCAUGACAGUCCUUUAUGGCACAAUUUGCAACCUUCCUGUCCAAAUUGGGGACUGUAUACUCCAUACCGAAUUUCAGGUUGUUGAAAUGAGCAAGGAUCAUGAGAUGUCUUUGAUCUUUGGAAGGUCAUUUAUGGCUACAGUUGGAGCAAUCAUCGACUUGCCUAAUAAGAGAGUCUCCUUCUCCAACAUCAACAGGGAGGUUUUCUACAAGGCUGUCCCAAUCAGAUCACAAGUCCGAUACGCCUCUUGCAUCUCAGUGGUUAAUAGAAAACAGCUGAAAAUAUUUCCUAAGAAGAUUGGUGAUAAGAGUGAGAUCAAAGAAGUCUGGGAUGGAGAUCCUCACACUGAUACCAAGAAACUCAGUGGGAAUGCAAGGGUGAAAGAAAAAGUCCAUAAGAAAAAGGUCAAGGGCGACCCUACAAUGACUUCGAUACCUCACUUGUGUGAUGAGAAGUGUAUUUAG